CCCUCUCUCCUGGCCACGCCCCCGUCCCGGCGUGCUACGCGGGGGGAAGAUGGCGGCCGCCAUGAAGGCGGGUGUGGGCUGGCUGGGCCUGAGGGCGGCGGGGGCCGUGCUCCGUGCUGCGGCCCCGGCCGGUCUCGUUGUCCCUGUGAGAACCAAGAAGAAGAAGCACACUGUGCCCGAGUGGGCCAGGGAGCUGAGCCCGGAGGAGAAGGAGAAGAGGCUCCGGCCUUUGGUGGCGAGAACCCCCGAGGACCGCAUGGAGCGGACGUUCUACAUGGCUUCCACAGCCGCUAUCAUAGACCCCUACGUCCCUCCUGAGGGGGAUGCCCGCCUGACAUCCCUAUCCAAGGAUGGGAUGGCACAAAAGAUGCAGAAGCUGAAGCAGACCGCUGCCUCCCAGCUCGCUCUGCGGAAGAUAAAAGAUCAUGAUCUGGAGUUCAGCACAAAAACCUUCCCAGAGAAGGCACAGGAGAUAUUUAUUGAAGCUCACAAUUGCCUGGCAAAUUUUAACAAGCAGAAACUUCACUCCCUGGUGACAGAGCGCUGCUACCCAGAGAUGGUUCGUGGGAACAGGUACAAAACCAUCCGGUGGAAGUUUGUGGAGUCACUGGAACCCCCAAGGGUGGUUCAUGUUCGAUGCGAGAGCAUUGUGAACCGAGGCAACCUGUAUGGGCAGGUGACAGUGCGGAUGCACACACGGCAGAUUCUGGCCAUCUAUGACCGCUUUGGGAGGCUGAUGUAUGGUGGGGAGCAGGUGCCCAAGGAUGUUCUGGAGUAUGUGGUGUUUGAGAAGUACUUGGUGAACCCGUACGGCACGUGGAGGAUGCAUGGCAAGAUCGUUCCCGAGUGGGCUCCUCCAAAGGACCCCAUAGUGAAGACGGUGCUGAUUCCUGGCCCAACCUUGGAUCCCUCACAAGAGUACGAAGAAAUGAAGUAGGAAGUUCCAGAGCCUGUACAGAGACAGCCUGUGCAAGCAACCGUGGGGGGGAAGAAGUGGAGAAUGGCUGUGGAGGUGACAGCUUGGAUAUGGCUGUGCCUUUCCAGUGAGCAGUCAACAGACAAAGCAGCUUCAGAAAUGGACUCUGCUCACUAAGAAUUUGUCUUUAAAGAACAAGAGGGGCUUGGCAGGGCAUUCAGGUGAGCUCUGAGAGCUUUACUCCAUCCAGGUGGACUUAGUGUGUUACAGCUUAACCCUGUCUGUGUGUCUGUGAAGACAGGAAGUCUGUUCUCUUCAGGAGUGCUCUUGAGGCUAACCCUGUCCUGAGCCUGCCCUGUGAGAAGAGCCCUUGGCAGCAGCACUCUGUUCAGACAUGGGGUAUUUGACUCUGCCAUUGGAGGUGUCAUAGACCUGCUGGCCUCUCAUUCAGACUUGAAGGAGGCAUCAGCAGUUUCUUUUCCCAUCCUCUCUGUACUGAUUCCCAGACAGAAAACAGGGAAGAACAGGCAAGCACACUUGAAAUCAUGUUCUCCUGGGUGGGUGCUGCAGUUGGACUCCUGCUGAGUGAAUG